CCCUCCCGCGGAGAGUCGCGAAGCUCCUCCCCCCGCGUUCCCCUGCCGGCCGGGUGUCCCGUGCUUCCUUGGAAGACGGAAGCCGAGGAGGAGGGAGAGGCGGCGGCGCGGCGGCGGGAUGGGAGACUCCAAAGUGAAGGUGGCGGUGCGGGUCCGUCCCAUGAACAGGAGAGAGUUUGAUCUGCAUACAAAAUGUGUGGUGGAUGUGGACACAAACAAGGUUAUUCUUCACCCUGUAAACACCAAUCUUUCAAAAGGAGAUGCCAGGAGCCAGCCAAAGGUGUUUGCUUAUGAUCACUGUUUCUGGUCUUUGGAUGAAUCUGUAAAAGAAAAAUAUGCAGGUCAAGAUGUUGUUUUCAAGUGCCUUGGAGAGAAUAUUCUUCAGAAUGCCUUUGAGGGCUACAACGCAUGUAUCUUUGCCUAUGGGCAGACUGGGUCUGGAAAAUCUUACACAAUGAUGGGUACAGCCGACCAGCCUGGAUUAAUCCCAAGACUCUGCAGUGGUCUCUUUGAAAGAGCACAGAAAGAGGAAAACGAAGAACAGAGUUUCAAAGUGGAAGUGUCCUACAUGGAGAUUUACAAUGAGAAAGUUAGAGAUCUCCUUGACCCCAAAGGAAGCCGUCAGUCAUUAAAAGUUAGAGAGCACAACGUCUUUGGUCCUUAUGUAGAUGGACUUUCUAAACUGGCUGUCGCCAGCUACAAGGACAUAGAGUCUUUGAUGUCAGAGGGUAACAAAUCUCGAACAGUGGCUGCAACCAACAUGAAUGAGGAGAGCAGUCGGUCACAUGCAGUCUUCAAGAUCAUCCUCACACACACACUGUAUGAUGUACAAUCGGGGACAUCGGGUGAGAAGGUGGGCAAACUGAGUCUGGUGGACUUAGCAGGCAGCGAAAGGGCAACUAAGACUGGUGCUGCAGGUAACAGGCUGAAGGAAGGAAGCAACAUUAACAAGUCCCUUACAACUCUUGGGCUGGUUAUUUCUGCUCUAGCGGAUCAGGCUGCUGGCAAGAACAAGAACAAAUUUGUUCCAUAUCGUGAUUCUGUGCUCACUUGGUUACUUAAAGACAGCCUUGGUGGUAAUAGCAAGACUGCCAUGGUGGCAACAGUCAGCCCAGCAGCAGAUAACUACGAUGAGACCCUUUCCACAUUGAGAUAUGCAGACCGGGCCAAGAACAUAGUUAACCAUGCUGUGGUGAAUGAAGACCCCAAUGCCCGCAUCAUCCGAGAACUCCGAGAGGAGGUGGAGAAGCUCAGAGAACAGCUCACCAAAGCAGAGGCUAUGAAAUCACCAGAACUAAAGGAUCGGUUGGAGGAAUCUGAGAAAUUGAUCCAGGAAAUGACUGUCACCUGGGAAGAGAAAUUAAGAAAAACAGAGGAGAUAGCACAGGAGCGGCAGAAACAACUGGAAAGUCUUGGCAUAUCUCUUCAGUCUUCUGGAAUCAAAGUUGGGGAUAACAAGUGCUUCCUUGUUAAUUUGAAUGCAGAUCCUGCUCUCAAUGAACUUCUGGUCUACUACUUAAAGGAGCACACGUUAAUAGGGUCAGAUGACUCCCAAGAUAUCCAGUUAUGUGGAAUGGGAAUUCUUCCUGAACACUGUAUGAUAGAAAUACCCUCAGAAGGACAAGUUAUGCUAACACCUCAGAAAAAUACUCGAACAUUUGUAAAUGGUUCUGCUGUUGUGGGUCCUACACAGCUACACCAUGGAGACAGAAUACUGUGGGGAAACAACCACUUCUUCAGAUUGAGUUUGCCAAAAAAGAAAAAGAAAGUAGAGCAGGAGGAUGAAGAGCAAGACAACUCUCUGAGGUGCAGCAACAGUGUUGAGCAGCUAGAUAUAGAUGGAGACAAUUCCAGUGAAGUAUCCAGUGAAAUGAACUUCAGCUAUGAAUAUGCCCAAAUGGAAGUUAUCAUGAAGGCACUCAGUGGCAAUGACCCGAUGCAGUCAAUCUUGCAGAGUGUGGAACAGCAGUACGAAGAGGAGAAGCAAUCCGCACUGGAGCGGCAGCGGCUAAUGUACGAGCAUGAACUAGAGCAGUUGCGAAGGCGGUUAUCUCCAGAGAAACAACACUUCCGCAGCAUGGACAGGUUCUCCUCCCACUCGCCCAGUGCUCAGCAGCGCUUACGCCAGUGGGCGGAAGAGAGAGAAGAAAUGUUGAACCACAGCCUGAGGAAGCUGAGAGAGCAAAUUGUUAAAGCUAAUUUGUGUGUGAGAGAAGCCAGUUUCAUCUCAGACGAAUUGGACAAGAGUACGGAGUAUAAGGUCACUCUGCAGAUCCCAGCUUCAAGUCUUAAUGCUAACAGAAAGCGAGGUGCAGUUCUUAGUGAGCCUGCUAUUCAGGUGAGAAGGAAAGGGAAAGGCAAACAGAUCUGGUCACUGGAGAAAUUGGAAAACCGACUAAUAGAUAUGAGGGAUCUUUAUCAAGAAUGGCAGAUGUGUGAGGACGACAACCCAUUAACUAGGUCUUACUUCAGACGAGCUGAUCCAUUCUAUGAUGAACAAGAAAACCAUAGUCUCAUCGGAGUGGCCAAUGUUUUUCUUGAGUCCCUGUUUUAUGAUGUGAAGCUGCAAUAUGCUGUUCCUAUCAUCAAUCAGAAGGGAGAGGUGUCAGGUCGUCUUCAUGUUGAAGUUGUGCGAGUGAGUGGAGCGAUUGGGGAGAGAAUCGUAGGAGGUGAUGAUUGCACAGACUAUUCAAGAGAGAACGACAUACAGGAGAACAAACUAGUUUGUAUGAUUAAAAUACUUCAGGCUACGGGUUUGCCUCAGCAUCUUUCCAACUUUGUGUUCUGCAAAUACACUUUCUGGGAUCAGCUGGAGCCAGUUACGGUUGCCCCGGAGAUGGACCCCUCUUUAUCUCCCAUCAGCAAGGAGCCACAGUGUAUGGUUGUCUUCGAUCACUGCAAUGAGUUUUCUGUAAAUAUUUCUGAAGACUUAAUGGAGCAUCUUUAUGAAGGGGCUUUGGCAAUUGAAGUGUAUGGACACAAGCAAAGCGAUCCUCGCAAAAACUCAGCCGUGUGGGAUUUGGGAAUAAUUCAAGCCAAAACUCGAAGCCUUCGUGACAGAUGGAGUGAGGUAACCCGAAAAGUGGAGCUCUGGGUUCAGAUUCUGGAACUUAAUGAGAAUGGAGAGUACUGUCCAGUUGAGGUGAUUCCCGCCAAGGACGUAAACACUGGUGGCAUCUUUCAGCUCAGACAGGGGCAGUCACGGCAAAUCCAAGCUGAAGUGAAGUCUGUGCAGGAAUCUGGGACCUUGCCUCUAAUGGAAGAAGCCCUACUAUCUGUUGGAGUUGGCUGUGUUCAAAUAAGGCAUGUCAAGUCACAAAAAGUUCAUGAGACUCAUCAGGAAGGAGAGGAUGAUAUGGACAGUUAUCAGGACAGGGAUUUGGAGAGACUGCGUCGGAAAUGGCUGAACGUAUUGACAAAACGUCAGGAAUACCUAGAUCAACAGCUGCAAAAACUCGUCGGCAAACCUGAUAAAACAGAAGAUGAUGCAGAUCGGGAGGCACAACUGUUAGAGAUGAGGCUCACUCUUACUGAAGAAAGGAAUGCUGUAAUGGUUCCUUCUGCUGGUAGUGGGAUCCCUGGAGCUCCAGCAGAGUGGACUCCAGUGCCUGGUAUGGAAACCCAUAUUCCAGUUGUUUUCCUUGACUUAAAUGCGGAUGACUUUAGCUCUCAAGAUAAUCUUGAUGACCCAGAACCUGGUGGAUGGGAUGCUACUCUCACUGGGGAAGAGGAAGAGGAAUUCUUUGAAUUGCAGAUUGUAAAACACCAUGAGAGUGAGGUGAAAGUAGAAGCCUCCUGGGAUUCCACAGUCCAUAACUGCAUUCAGCUCAGUAAAGGAACAGCAACAGAGGAAAGAGUUUUCCUUAUUGUGAGAGUAACUGUCCAGCUCAGCCAUCCUGCAGAAAUGCAGCUAGUGCUACGCAAACGUAUCUGCGUUAAUGUCUAUGGGAGACAGGGUUUUGCACAGAGCUUCCUGAGAAGAAUGUCUCACCGAAGUUCCAUUCCUGGCUGUGGUGUCACCUUUGAGAUAGUCUCUAAUAUUCCAGAGGAUGCUCAGGGAGCUGAGGAGCGGGAAGCACUAGCAAGGAUGGCAGCUAAUGUUGAAAACGCAGUUUCAGCUGACUCAGAAGCCUAUAUUGAAAAGUACCUGCGGAGUGUGCUGGCAGUGGAGAACAUUCUCACCCUGGAUCGUCUUCGCCAGGAAGUUGCAGUGAAAGAGCAGUUAACGGGGAAAGGAAAACUUAACAAGAGGAGUCUGAGCUCUCCCAACGUCAAUCCGAUAUCUGGAAGCCGUCAAGAUUUAGCUCCCCUGUACAACCUUGGCAGUCAAAAGGGUCGAUGGGAGAGCCAGCAAGAUGUAUCCCAAAUUUCAACACAUUCUGGUAGUGGGAUGACCCCGUCUUGUACAUCUUCGUCAGCCUCUGCUCAGCAAAACCAUUCUAAUGAUCCAGGACUCGGUAGCCUGGCUGCCUCCUACCUGAAUCCAGUAAAAUCCUUCGUGCCUCAGAUGCCAAAGCUGCUUAAGUCUCUCUUUCCUGCUAGAGAUGAGAAAAAGAGCAGGCAGACCUCUCCUCUUGCCCAGCAGCCUGUCCCACGAAUUAUGGUUCAGUCUGCCAGCAUUGAUGCCAAUGCUACAAAGUUAAAACAGAUUAACCAAGAAGGGGGGAAAGAACCAUUUGAAAUGGCCGGGCAAUCUACAGAGGCAGAAAAGAACCAAGAAAAGAUGCCCAAAGUGCCUUCACAGCAGCAUACCACAGACAUUCAGGCACAGGACUCCCAAGAGGGGCCUCCAAGUCCCCUGAGUGAAGCCUCGAGUGGUUACUUUUCUCACAGUGUUUCAACAGCGACACUGUCUGAAGCGCUCGCUGCAGGGAACGAAGUGAUUGUUCAGACAGGUGGUCAAACGUCUAUAGUGAGCGACAUCUCCCCACCCACCCCAGCUGUUCAGGUAACUUCUGCUACUAACAUUUCAAUGCAGACAGAGUGCACUUCAGAGGGCUAUCCUGCUGUUAAAAGAGAGAAUCUAGGUGCUUCUGACCUCAGCACUGCCCAUGUGAGACCUAAGGACAGCAGCGAUGUGAAGGGUAAUGAGCAUCUAAAGUCCAAGUCCUUUGUCUCCCCUGUGACUCAGAGCGAAGAACUAGAUGUUGCCUCUAUAGCCAUUGAUGCGAAAAGCUACGUUUCUACCUCCAUCCCAAAGAAGGAGCUGCUGACAAAACAGCUAAUGGCUUCAACAACUGGAGAGUCAGUGGGACAAGCUGCCAGGAAAAAGGAACACGCAAAGUCCGCUGCUGCCUCAGAAUCAAGAGCUUCCAAAUCACAGCUUCAGCCUGACCUCUUGUCCCAUCCCAGUGCUACAGCCUCUCCAUUCAAAAUCCAAAAAGUCAGGACCUCUGAGCUCAAGUCUUUUACAUGCAUGCUGGGGGGAGAUUCUGGGUGCCCUUCAAGCACAGAGGAAGAGAAGGAGAGAGAAAAGAACCAGGUGACUGCACAAGGGUUAAGCCAUAAUGAUGAGACAGCUGAUGAAAAACUGGAAGCGGCUUCUGAUUCUGAAGAUGCCAAUGAAAUCCCAGAAUGGCUAAAAGAGGGAGAAUAUGUCACUGUCGGCACAAAUAAGACAGGCACAAUUAGAUAUGUUGGCCCAACUGACUUUCAAGAGGGAACAUGGGUUGGUGUGGAACUCGAUUUGCCUUCAGGUAAGAAUGAUGGCUCCAUUGGGGGAAGGCAGUACUUCAAAUGCAACCCAGGCUAUGGGCUCCUCGUGAAACCAAACAGAGUGAAAAAAGCCACUGGAGCAGUAAGACGACGGAGCGCUGGGCUUCGGUUGCAAGGGGGAGCUACGCCUGAGAACCGGAAGAACAACAAUUUCUCAGGCUCAGCCUCCAGCCUGACGUCGCUGACAGCCCUUGCCAAAAUGGAAGGAUCUGCUCUCCGACCCGAGAAGAUCCAGAAGAGUGCAGAGAACAGGAAAUCUUGGGCUAACUGAAAGAGGCUUACAGACCCUACAAGCUGGUUCGAAAAUCGCUUGUGAAGCUGUCACCAAAGUGGAUGUGCUUGCAACAUUAAACCAACCUGGUAAACUUGGCUCUGGCAAACACUAAAGGAGGGGUUUUUCUCUACUUCUGUUGCUGACAUGUUAAAUCUUUGCCUUGUCAUGGUGAUGGAUCUAUGUGUUUAGGCUCCUGAUACAAAUUGGGACACUUCAUUGUGUGGCUUAUUGCAAAUAGUGAAGGUUGUGGGAGGGGGUUUAAUGGUGCUGCUUUUAAGUCAUUCACAGAAUGAACGGCCAGAUCAGUUAUUCAAUGUAUUUUAUGAGUUUCCAGCAGCUGCGAAAAAUUAACUGGAGCGAUUUUCCCCACCCACAACAUUUAUACUUCCUUAAACAUGGUUGGCAGUUCUGUAAACAUCAAAAUCAGCAUGCAAGGCUCCAUCCUUUUGGAAAAGCUGUGUCUGUAUCAGGCAAUAAUGAGAAACGGAUACAGUUAUAAAGAAGAAAGAAGUUAUAUUGAGAAGGAAACAGAACAAAAAUCAACUUGGUUACAUGACCUGGAAUGAGUGCCUACUAGAAUAAUGUUCAUGUCUUUCUACUCUUAUUGAAAUCAAUGGGAUUCCACCCAAUCAGUGGCUUUUGAGCCCAGUUUUUUAAAGGCAUAUUCAAAUUUAGUUAACCCACUAAAUAGAUUAUAGUUAUUAUUUUAACAUGACACAGAAUCUGUUCACCUUCCUUUCCUCCCUGGACACACUGUGGAAUAUUGCUCUCAUUGUUCUUUAGUUUGUCUUCAGGAUUUUUGCAAAGAUAUCAGCGUUCUCUAAAGUGCUAUAGAAUUUAUAACAGCUUUUUCCACUUCUGUCUGUACUGCUUGUUGGUGACGUACUCACAAAGAGAGAUGUGGCACCAUGCACAACCUUCACUGGCAUUUGCAUUUUACCAGAUUUCAUAAAGUGAAGGCUUGUUGUUCCCACA